AUGAGUCAGGCGCGAGGAACCGCUUGCUGUGUUUGCCACGUGCCAUUGGAGGAAGCUCCUUACCUGGAGAAGUUGACUGGAAGUGGCCGACCGGGGGGCAAACGAUGGCGCUUGGUGUAUUUGGCGACGAAGAAUGCAGUCGUCGCUGAGCGGAAGGGCACACCGCCUCCGUCCCCACUGGAUCGUGGUUGGUAUGUGGAUGGCUUUGUCACAGCCGUGCAGCGAUUCGAAGACAGUAGCAGCAAGCACGUAAAUCAGAACGGCGUCUUUGAGAUGCUUGGGCUCGGUGGCUUCUUCUUCGGCUACUUUGCCCGCUUCAAGUGGCCAGCCCCAGAGAAGCGGACGACCUUGGCCUUCCAGCCGAUCACCAACAACUUGAAGGUCUUUGGAAAGGACUUCGCCUGGCCCUUCCCCAAGGCUCUGAGCAGCGAGGACUUCGAAGCGGCGCGCCUGCAGGACCUCAAUAUCUUCAACUUCUUCUAUGUAGAUGACGAGGUUGCCAUAGCCCAAGGUGCCUCGGGCAGCGUGGCACUCUGGGGUGCCACGGACGCUGCCUGGGACGCAAAGCACUUGAUCCCUGUGGAUGACUGA